AUGGAGCAACCCAAAGACUUCCGCUCGACGGUGUUGCAGGCGCCUGCCCGCAAUGACGACCGCGACGACGAUCGUGAACGCCGCCAUCAUCGCGACAUUAUGAACCCGACGCCCGGAAGCACGCGCCAUUCGGGCUUCAGCCUGCGAUCACCUACGCAGUCUGAGUUCCAUCACCCGCAGCACUCGGCCUACUCGUCGCCCAAGGCGUCAUCGCACUCCCACACGCAUCAUUCCCCGAGAUCUCAUCAGUCCGGCCUGUCGCAUCCGAAUCCCCUCUACUCCUCGUCUUCGUCAUCGUUGCCGGCGCUGGGAGGAAGCAAUAGCAGCAGCUCCGGGGCGGGCCAUCAUCAGGCGCCUCCGUUAUCGCCGCUCCAUCCUCCCAGCGGAUACUACCCGCCACCCGAGUCGCAUUCGUCGCGCGAAAAGCCGACUACGAGCAGUUACUACGAUCCGUUGACUGAUACAACGAAAGAGAGGAGGGUCUCAGAUGCGGCGUCAUGGCAAAAUAACGCGGCCAAGGCAUCAUCGCCCAAGGUAAGAGGAGCUCAUAUUUGUUUGUCAUUUAGCAGUGGUGUCUUUUUUUUCUCUUCUUCACUUCGUAACGGUGCGAUGCGAUAUGAUGCGACGCUCAGACGGAGCUAG